UCAUCGUCGCCAUGGUGAUCGCCGUCUACUGCCUCUGUUUCCGGGACGGUGGGAAGGUGGGGAAUUCCCCUCACAAGAGGACCUUUUCGUUCAGGUCUAAGCACUGGACUGAUUCCAGCGGGCCACACUCCAUGCCACGGGAACAACAGGCUAGGAAAGAUAACACUCAUGCCGGUGCAGAGCCCACAACCAGUUUCCAACUACAAGGUGACAACACUGUCUUAUGAUGAUGACAUCGUCAGGGACCAUGUGAUCACCUCUUUAUAGUCACGUGACUUACCACUUACCUACCUAAAGUAUACCCAUACAGUAGAUUAAUAUGGCAGUCGGGAUGUGUACAUAAUAGUGUGCAAUGGUACGAUUUUUAUUGUGCUCUAAAAUCAGUAUUGCUAUUAUACAUUGCCCUUUCUUCUUUCAACCUUUUUAUACUAUACCCCUGUAUAUAUUUUUUUUAAAUUUUCUGUUCAUGUACAAAUUAUUGUGUGACUGC